AUGAGGUCAAUCGCAGCGCGGAGGAUCGAUCGUAUGCUAUCCGCCCAGCCCCUGCCACUCACGGCGGUGAAUAAAAUCUCACUCAAAUACGCCACCGACAACGAAUGUGCAACAUACUUCGCCAAGGAAUUGCUGCCUCUCAUGGCAUAUGGAAACAAGCAUAUCGAGUUUAACGCAGCAGCCGCUGAGUCCGGGGAGAAACAGUACUGCAGCGUUCUACUCAGCUCAGGAAGCAACGUGACGCUGAACCUCAAGCUAUACCGCUACCCCCUGCAGAUCAUGCAGCGAAUUGUGGAUGUAGCGGCGACACAGGAAGAAUCUAGCAAUUAA